UCCGCACUCUGGUCGCCGCCUUGAGGUUCACCUUGGUAGAGCAGCCUCCAUGGACGCUUCCCGGAAACCUUCAGAGAAGCCGGCCCAGGUCCCAGGUACCUCAAUGCCGUGUCUGAGGGCAGGAACCAGAAACAUUGAGAACCCAUUCAAAACAGGAGGAGAAGGCAGAGGAAGUGACAGGAUCAGAACAGCUGCUGGCUGGCCACCCACUCUGUCCUGGUGAGAAGGGAUAAGGAGAUUGCAAACUGGGUAAGAAAAUCCUCUCACCUCCAGCUCAGGGCUGUAAUCCUGGGCCUCUGCUCCUCUAAGCUUUGUUCUAUUUUCACUCCUCUUCCCAGGGAGUAGGUCUCCAUUGGCUGCAAGGAUUUAGUGGGGACUUUUAACGCGAGUUCUCCGGCAGCCCCUGGAUUUGGGUGUAGGCUUGCACCGCCCCCAUUACCUUCUCUCUUCUGCUCGUUUCCUCCUAUCAUUUCCCUGCACUUUUUGAUUCACCACACCCUCCCUCGCUCAGAUCUGCGGGACUCAGGCCUGUGGGAGAGGAGGGCCCAGUGUUAGGAAGCCCAGCGGCCCAGGUGCGAGGAGCAGCAGGGAAAAGAACCAGUCCGUCUGGGGCAUCCGCCUCCCGUGGGCCUGAGCGAUGGGGAACGUCAUGGACGGUAAGUCGGUGGAGGAGCUGAGCAGCACCGAGUGCCACCAGUGGUACAAGAAGUUCAUGACCGAGUGCCCCUCCGGCCAGCUCACCUUCUACGAGUUCCGCCAGUUCUUCGGCCUCAAGAACCUGAGCCCGUGGGCCAGCCAGUACGUGGAGCAGAUGUUUGAGACCUUUGACUUCAACAAAGACGGCUACAUCGACUUCAUGGAGUACGUGGCGGCGCUGAGUCUUGUCCUCAAGGGGAAGGUGGAACAGAAGCUGCGCUGGUACUUCAAGCUCUACGACGUGGACGGCAACGGAUGCAUCGACCGCGAUGAGCUGCUCACCAUCAUCCGGGCCAUCCGAACCAUUAACCCCUGCAGCGACUCGACCAUGACCGCAGAGGAGUUCACCGAUACAGUGUUCUCCAAGAUUGACGUCAAUGGGGAUGGGGAACUCUCCCUGGAGGAGUUCAUGGAGGGCGUCCAGAAGGACCAGAUGCUCUUGGACACGCUAACCCGAAGCCUGGACCUUACCCGCAUUGUGCGCAGGCUCCAGAAUGGAGAGCAGGAUGAGGAGGGAGCUGGUGGCAGGGAAAGUGAGGCAGCGGAAGCAGCUGGCUGAGCCCACCGCCCUACUGUUUCUGUAUUGGGGAGGGGUGUGUGGUGGUGCCUGGUGUCUCGUUGUUUUAAUACUAGAUGGAGUCUUCUGAACUCAAAGGCUCAGCUCACCUGCUCGGGGCACGUGGUGGCAGCAGAGGGGCAGGGGUGGGGAUUCAGAGCAGGGGACAGUGAAGGACGGUUCCUGAACCCUCUGUGUGACUCAGCUGGUGGUGACCGCUCCCUGCUGGGGGAAGCCUUCAACAUCCCUCAGGCUCCUCCCCAGCCCCUUCUGGCCCCUCCCCCAGCUUUUACCAGCUCUUCCACUGAGCUUCUCCAGUUCCACGCUCUUCUGGACAGAGAAGCUCUGAUGCAGAGGUGGGCUUUCCCGGGACUCUAAUGGGAUCACACAGAUCUGGUGGCUGCGACCUCCAUCUGGGUGCUGUAUCACACACCCAUCCUGCCCCCAGCAUCCCAGAGUGUACUUGUGUGGUCUGUGUUGAUUCGUUCCUUCAACAAGCAUUUAUCGAACACCUACUCUGUAUUAAUGCUAGAUGUUAGACGUGCAAAGAAGAGGACAAUUCUCAUCCUCAAAGAUCUCACAGGCCAAGCAUCAUUAUAAUAAAAUAUGAUACUAUAGACAGUGCUCCUUUAUCCAGAGGAAAUCCAUAUUUAUUCAGAAGUGACUGCACAACACCCUCGUUCUUCCUCUGCUGGCCCCUCGGUGGCACAUGGUGCCACGUGGUUCCCCACAGGAUUGUGACUCAUUGUUUAUGGCAAGUGUCCUGACCAUCCCUGAUCUAGCCUAAAUCCCUCUUGCUGCAGUGACACCUGACAGCCAGUUGGGAAGUAGAACAGUCUGUUAUAGGUGGGCUCUAUCCCCAUUCUUUGCACACCCCAACUUUAGGAACACCUGUCCAAGAACCUGGGGAGAGACAUAGGCUGGAGCAGUUAUGACCAUGUUUUCAAAGAUGCUCUUUCCUUCUGAACUUUGAGUCUUCGCUUCAGCGGGGUGUGAGGGAAGUUCAGGGAGUAAAAAAAAAAGUCCAGGGGUGGGAUGGAGCGAACAAGUGGAAAGGGGGGUAAACCCCCAGCUUGCAGAGAGCCCCCUUGGGCGGGGAGGAGAGGAUGUGUUUUGCUCACACUGUCCUGUCCGUCACGUGAACCACUUCAGACUGGGAAGUCAGCCAGGGCCUGAGCACCGUCAAGGAGGGAAGGUGGAGCUCAAUGCCUGGGGCAACCUGGAAAAAAAGGGAGUUGACAUUUCUGCUUCUUCUCUUGGUGGCUGCCUCUUGGGAAAUCCUGGAGGUCAAAGCUGGGAGGGUAUUUGGAUAGAACUGGGACAUUUCCCCCAACCUCAUUCACAUACCAUCUUCAUGAUCUGGGGCAUAUCUGUGUCCCAGCUGGAUUACUAUUAUUUUUUAAUCAACUAUUUUUUUACCUUACAUUUGUUUCUAAAGGAAACUUUAUAUGAAUAUAAUGCCCAUGAAAUCAAAUCACAGGCUCCACAAGUUAGUUUUAUUCUUCAUACAUCAACACAGAAACAUAUCUAGUCACAUGAGUUCCUCUUCUGAGUUCCUCGGCACUCCAUGCAACCAGAGUGACUGCCUUUUAUUUAUUUUUGGCUGCGUUGAGUCUUCGUUGCUGCGUGUGGGCUUUCUCUAGCUGCAGCAAGAGGAGGCUACUCUUCGCUGCUCAGUUGUUG